AUGGCAAAAGAAUGCGUCGAAGCAGCGGAAAACAUUGCACUUUGUGUUCAGCAUCAAAAGUCAAUCGUCGACGACGUUCUCACCGUCUCAAAACUGGACUCAAAUCUUCUCCGCAUCACGCCAAUACCCGCACAGCCAAUUAUAGUCGUCCAGAGAUCUAUGGCAAUGUUCCGUCCUGAAAUCCAGGCCAAGAAUAUCGACUUCAAAUUUGUUCCACAUCCCAGUGUUCGAGAUCUCGACAUUGACUGGGUGAUUCUUGACCCUGGUCGACUUCUUCAAAUCAUCGUCAAUCUCAUCACCAAUGCCAUCAAGUUCACCAUGGAGUCCCAAAUCCGCUCAAUCACGGUCCACAUUUCUGCUCAUGCGGAAUGGCCAGACUUUGAUAUCCCAGAAGGAUUCACAUUUGUUCCACCACGAGAUAUCGUAACUGAGUUCGGGAGUGGUGAGGGCUGGGGCUCAGGCUCGUUCGUCUAUCUCCAGUUCCAGGUUCAGGACACAGGUUGCGGACUUUCGCCUCAGCAGAUGUCCCUCUUGUUCGAGAAAUUUGCCCAAGCUUCUCCUCGAACACACAUGCGAUACGGCGGUAGUGGCCUCGGACUCUUUAUCUCGCGCCAACUUGCUGAACUUCACGGAGGUCAGAUCGGUGUUUCUUCUAAAGCUGGUGUCGGCAGUACCUUUGGAUUCUAUUUGAAGUGCAAGCGCAUGAUUGCUCAGAAACCUACUCUAUCGCGUGACACAUUCAAACACGCCCUCGAAAUCGACCACGCGGUGAAGGCACGGGAAAUAAAAAAAGCAACUAUAUCCCUGAUCUCCGCCGCGACUGCAGCAGGAAAAGAUGAAUAUUCUGUCGACAUGGAUAUACCACAGUUCAUCAAUGAAAAAAUGGACGAAGCCAAAGAUGACCAGCUUCAUGUUCUUGUCGUUGAAGAUAAUCUAGUGAACCAAAAGGUGCUAGUCAAACAACUCAUGAAAGCAGGCUGCGUUACCAGCACUGCCGACAACGGCGUCUGGGCGUUGAAGCAUCUUGUCAAAACAAAAUUCUGCGUUACCGAUGGGAUACCACUUGACAUCAUUCUCAUAGAUUGCGAGAUGCCAGAGAUGGAUGGCCUGACAUGUUGCAGAAAGAUACGACAGAUGGAGCAACGGAAAGAGGUGUCGAAGCAUAUUCCGAUUAUAGCGGUUACUGCGAAUAUAAGAGGCGGGCAGAUAGACAAUGCAAGAGAUGCAGGUAUGGAUGAUGUUGUUGGGAAGCCAUUCAGAAUCCCGGACUUGUUGGCGAAGAUGCGGGAGCUAUUGAAGAAGAUUGAGAAGUGA